AUGGAUGGUACACUGCCAAUAACCAGACAUUUUUUCAAGGUGAUGAUGCCUGGUUUCCUCGCAAAAGCUUCCAUACCACCAGCUUUCUGUAGAAAGCUAAAAGAAGAAAGAUUAGAUGAAGCUAUUCUAACUAGUUGUAAAGGGUCAUGGACCGUUAAGAUUGGUAAAGGAAGCAAAGGAAACAUAUAUUUCGAAGAGGGUUGGGAUAUUUUUGUCCAGCAACAUUGCCUGAGCCUCGGAGAUUUUGUCGUAUUUGAACAUACGGGCAACCUGCAUUUCAAUACCUAUGUGUUUGGUCCAAAUGCUUGCGAGAAAGACUUUUCCUCAAACUUAGAAAAUGAAGAAAAGAGAGCACCAGCUGGAGUAAACAGUCCUGACCAUGUCAAAGGAGAAAUACCACUGAAGGCAAGUCCAUCUUAUGGCACUGGAUGUUCCCAUUUUGUGUCAACGAUAACAGCAAGCAAUGGCAGUUGCCAUAAUCCUUAUAUGAAUGUCCCGGUAGAAUUUUCGAGAUCAAAUAAUCUCAGACAGAUUUCCAGCAUUAUCCUCAGAGAUCCUUCUGGAAAAUCAUGGCCAGUGGCAAUUAGAUCCAUUGGCAGAGGUCCUCGUUGCAAACGCACACACUUGACAAAUGGUUGGUUAGAAUUCUAUAAAUCCAACAAGCUAAAGGAAGGGGAUGUUUGCAUCUUUGAGCUCAAUGGUUCUGCAGGAAGUUCGGGUACUUUCAUGAUGGAUGUACAAAUUUUUCCCUAUCAGCCUAAGUAAUCUUCACUCUUUAGCCCGAUUUAUACUGGCAUUGGUAAUUCAACGAUAUUUUUUGCACUGUGUAUGCUAUUGUUGAUGCUACUCUCUAUCGAUUAUAUCAUUGAGGACAUUGUGAAAUCAAACAAUUGUUCAUCGUUGGAAGUUUU